CAGAGACAGCACAGAAGCAGAGAUUUCAAAACCACAAGGAUGAUGAAGAUUGCAGUCCUGAUUCUAGCGUUUAGCUGCUGUCUGUGUCAAGUGCAAGGUAAUGAAAACCAUGACAAAGUCUGUCAGUGUUCAGGAUCCACCAGCAGCUGUGACAUCUCCCUCACUUCCGUAAGUCAAACCCUGGGAGCCGUGGGAGAGAAAGUUGCAAACAUGGCGGAAAAAAUCGCGCUUCUGGAGGCUAAGUUGCAAGACACUGGAAAAGAAGUCCUGGAGCUGCGGAGCCUGACUGGAGGCAGACCUCAGGUGGCCUUUUCUGCAGCUCUCCUGGCAUCUGGCUCUGGAGACACUGGACCUUUCACCUCUGCCACCCCACUUAAGUAUAAGAGGGUCUUCUCCAACAUUGGCAGUAGCUACAAUCCUUCAACAGGCAUUUUCACAGCAAUGGUCAAAGGAACGUACUUCUUUCGAUUCUCAAUGUUCAACAAUCCUACUCCCAGCUCUGUUGUGAGUCUCAUGAAGAACGGUGUGCGGCUGACAUCUGUCUGGGACACGGCAGGGUCUGAUGCAAACGACAUGGGCAGCAAUGCUGUGGUCAUCCACCUAGAGGAGGGAGACAAUGUGUAUGUGGAGCUUGCGGCAAACAGGAUGGUCUAUGAUGAUGCCAUGAACUACAACACAUUCAGUGGUUUUCUGCUCUUCACUAUGUAAUCGGCUUGUGUCUUUAUGCUAGAGUGAAAGAAAUAUCUCUUUAUUCAUACUGAUUAACUAGUAGUUUGGGAGGUCUGACCUCUGAAACUAAUGUUGUGCUUUCUCUGAGAAAACAGAAAAUCAGGAAAUGCAAUUUGUUUGAAACAAUGUGAAGCUUUCUUUUAUUAAACUUUUUAAAAUGAAGUCACGUUUUGAUUUCAUCAGUUAUGCAGCUACAGCAGUAAUGCUACUUGUGGUUAUUUGCAAUGCCACCCUGCCACAAUCACCAUCUCCAGCUCCAACAAUCCUCACUGUGCCAACCGCCCGAGGUGGACAGAUGCAAAGGGUCAUGUUAAAGUACUACAGAAAAAAUGCCAAAUAUGUCCCAACAUGGAGUUGGCAUGAAGGAGUGGAUUGAAAGCGUAUAGCCUUUAUCUCAAAUGUAUACUGUACAGCCUAUGCGUCUUCUCCUGUAGCCCUACUUACUAUUUUAAAACUAUAAGUAGGUAGACAGAAAGUAGUUGGGUGUAAUAACCCUUUAAACAUAUAAGUCAUUAGUAUUUAGGUAGAACAAACUUUUAAACUAGUCAUUACUAUCUGGUUGCAGUCUGGCAAUCACCCAAUUCGCUAGGUGGCGCUGUCAUGGAAAAUUGGGGUCCUAGACAAGAAAAUUGCAUAUUUUACUUGUUCUAGAAUUCAAACUGUUGGGAUUAUUUGAUUCAAAAUGUGAAUUGUCCGUAGAUUUGAAUCGAGAUACAUGAUAAAUGUUUGUAUGAUAUGAUGUAUGACCAAUGACUGGAUGUGUCUGACCAAACCGGCGUAUUUCAUACUGGCAGAGGGUCCUUGUAAGCGUGUGCGCACUACGCCACAGCUGCAAUCAGACUACAGCUGCGUGUUUUGCUGGUAAGAACUUUAAAAUGUAAUUUGAAAUAUUAAGUGAACACUUUAAAUCGUCAUGGCCAAAGUAUGUGAUUGUAAACGAAAUGAUGUGCUGCGAAGGGCUCGUCUGGUACCUGAACCCCAGACGUAUGUAAAAAGUAAAGAAGUGAAACCACUUUUGCCAACAUGAAUCAAGACAGUUAUUAACAACAGCAUGGAACCCUCCACACAUUCCUGAUGAGGAGCCUGAUCAAACACAGGAAUGCAAGAUGGAACCAACGACUUCUGGAAACCCAACAUGCAGACCCCACUGUUAUGUCUAACUGAUGAAACAGCUGACUGAUGCUAAGGAUAAAGCUAGCAAUAUUCUUGCUUACAGCUGGGCACUGUAGUUUUAUGCUAUGGCACAAAGGAAUAAACUAUCAGGCUUUGACUACACAGAAAAGACUUGUUACUAGUUUAUCACCAGUUUUUUAUUUACACUGGUCCACUUGUGACAAAAAUAAAAAGUUCUUAAAGCUG